CAGACAACCCUGUCAGUGGAGGCAAAUCAUACACCCUGACGACAAUGGUUGCGCAACGUCGCGUUAGUUACUCGUUCCUAAAUGUUGCGGAUGCACUCACGCCACUUCAAAUAAAGUCAAAUGCUUGUACUAGUAUGCACGGAAUGAAACGAUGUCGUUCUUCUUCAUCUGCUGGGUUACUUGCGGAUGAUGAAAUAGCUGGACUUGACAUCAUCAAAGUAAAUACCAAAUACACGCCCAGAUGUUCUUUACCAAAUGUGAACCGGCCUUGGCCUUCGCUAAAGGGGAAAUCCGGCUGUACAUACAAUCACACGCUUGCAUUGCAGGAAUUAAGGCGAGUGAGUUUAUAUCGAAUGCAGGCGCACGAUAUGGACCUACUUCGUCCAUUCUUGUUAUUAGCAUCCAUGCCGCCUGUUCGAAGGCAUUUGUGUGCAUCACAUCUACAUUUAGAAAAUGUUUUAAAAGAAUGCGAGGGAGAUGCGCACGCAGAAGCAUGGUGCAUACUCGCUCAUAAGCGCAAUGGAAUAGUCCCUCGUACGGCCAAGAGUGCAGGGGUGAAUUUAAAUAUGAGUGGUACGACAGAGCACGAAGCAGACGAUUGUGGGACCAUGUUUAGUUGGUUCGAAGUCAUGGAUACAGUCGCAAAGAGUGCCGCUGAAGAUCACACACGAUUUCAUCGUAGAAGGGCGAGCGAAGCAGAACAAGGUAGUGCCGGUGCUGAGGUGAGGGAUGAACAUGUAAAAUCUCGAGAAAAAGUACAAGACAAACUAAAAAGGUGCGAAGAGACGGCAGAUGUCAAUAAGCAGACGGCGAUUAGAAAUUUGGAGGAGCUUCUAAUCGCAGCUGUGCUUGCUAUUGGGACACGCGUGAUUGGAGAUUCAAUCAGCAAAAAGGUCACAGCUUUAUCAGAGGGGGAAGCAUAUACUGUACUAGGAAACCGGUUCAAGGAGGUUGGGCAUUUUACAAAUCCACUAGUGUUAAAGACCAUGAUUGGCGAAUCUUAUCUGAGUGAUGACGACAGGAUACAAAUUGUGAAGUCACUGGGUGGCUUUUGGUUGAAAAGGAAAGAAGAACGCUGCAGAGAUGUUUCGCGCUUAGGCGUAGAUGCACUGUUGAUUCAGAUGUCGCCGGCAACACAGUCGCCUCUAGGUAGUUUUUUUACCGAAUCCAUUCUGCGAUCCAUGAUUUUAAAGCAGAAAGCGGCCGAGCCCUUCCCGGUUAUUGUCGCGCUGUGUAUACACCGUGCUUUCCUAGCUCAGGGCGGCAUAGAUCUCGAUCAAUUCUGCUAUUAAGUUUAAAUAGUUGUCUCGCGUCCUACAUUGUUGAAGUGGACAGCUGGCCAGUAUAUAAUUGAGUUCGAGGCGUGACAACAGAUAAGUUUGUGCGAAUAAAUACCAGUUAUCCCUUUUCACCAAAUGGACAGAAAUUGCAGUGACUGGACUUUUAUAAUCAAGUAGGACUGUUCUUGUGCGCAAUUGUAUGCUUGAAAAUAUCACGUGCACUAAGACCUCAUUUCCUCGCACAAUGGAUGCGCUCUACAAAAACUUCUGAUAUACCGUACCCUACAGAAUUUCUUACAAAAUCAAGGGCUGUGUGAGCAUACUCGACUAUACAUUUAUAGUUUCUAAAUCAAAGUUAUUUCGUAGCCACAAAGUUUA